AUGAUUAGCUCGUUUUUCCGUCGUAUAGCUACCGUGCCAAAAACCGUGCCGGUUCUUACGGUAUACCACAAUACUCUGUCCAAGACUUCCACACAUCUCGUCAACAAGCUUCGUGCUUACGCCGACCUUCCUUCCACCGCUGAGCGGUACUCGGAAACCACACCAAAGUUGCUGGGUCAACUUCCCAAAUUCGUUAUCAACUUGAAGGAAAAUCAACUUCCUUCGUUUGAAGACUAUGCAUUUGUCCAUGAAAACUGUCUCGGGAUCCAUCCUGGAAACUUGACUUCGUUUCAAAGACUGUUUCCUCGCAUUACCGGUUCAUCGCGGUUUGCUGGCGACUUGGAAUUUUUGCCCGAGUCCGAAUAUAACCAGUUGAUGUCGUCCAACCGGUCCCGCUUCUUCAAGCCUCCCUUGAUCAUCGACCACGCCAACUCGUUAAUCGCCCACGACGAUGCUGGCUUGGACAGAAUCAUGGCUAACUAUUUGUCUUGUGGCAUCCAAGACUCCCACAAGAAUUUGAAUAAGGAGGACGACUCCAGUUUUCAACACAUUCCUCACACUUCCACUAAUACGUCCCAGGAAGUUCAUCGCACCCACUACAUUAAUCCCCACGUUGCUGAGUUUGCUGACUUAUAUUAG